UAAACAACAAAAUUCAAUUAUAAUCGGAGUUGAAACAUUUAGGUGGUUUUUUCGAUUCAUCUCAUGGAUACCAGUGAUACCAUCGUAAUAAUAAAAUUAAUCAGAAAGUAAAAACAACAACGAGUCUAGAAGAAUGGUUGACAUAACUAGGGAUAAACCAAUUAAAGUUGCUGUGAGAGUUGUAGUUCCUGUUCGUGACCAUCCUAAGUUUAAUUUUGUUGGAAAACUACUCGGUCCAAAGGGGAAUUCGCUCAAAAGGUUGCAAGAGGAUACAAUGUGCAAAAUGGCUGUGUUAGGAAGAGGAUCAAUGAAGGACAGGCAUAAGGAAGAAGAACUAAGAGCGAGUGGUGAUCCAAAGUUUCAACAUUUAAGUGAGGAAUUACAUGUAGAAAUUAGCGCCUUUGCAACUCCAGCCGAAGCUCAUGCAAGAAUUGCUUAUGCACUGGCUGAAGUGCGAAGGUUUUUAGUUCCGGAUUACAACGAUGACAUUCGGCAAGAGCAGAUGUGGGAGAUGCAAGUAUUAUCUAGUCAACGUAAUAACGGCAAAACGGAAGAUAUACCUGGCGUCAAUUCCACUGCAGAGUGCCCUAACGAGGAUAGCUUAGGAGGCGAAAGUAUGGAAGGUGUACCCGAUACAGUGGGGGACGAUCAUCCUGCCCUUCGGGGUGUUCCCGCCGGUAAGUAA